AUGUCUGAACACCAAGAUACCGCAACCAACAACAACACAACUGCUUCGCCUUCGGCAACGGCAGCUCCUAUGCCUGCACCCAUCUCGCAGGAGCAGCCUUCGUCGCAGCCUGCAGCUACAACCCCAGCUCCUGUGUCUACUUCGACCCCUCCAGCUUCCGUGACUGCGACCGCGGCUGCUGCGACCGCGGCCGUUAGUGCUCCCCAAAUGAACGGAACUCCUCCAAGUGAUGAACAACUUUCCUGCUUGUGGCAGGGUUGCUCUGAGAAAUGUCCUUCUCCAGAGGCACUUUAUGAUCACAUCUGCGAGCGUCACGUCGGUCGAAAGAGCACAAAUAACCUCAACCUGACAUGCCAGUGGGGAAGCUGCCGCACCACAACUGUUAAGCGUGACCAUAUCACGUCUCACAUCCGUGUCCACGUUCCUCUGAAGCCUCAUAAAUGUGAAUUCUGUGGAAAAGCAUUCAAGCGUCCCCAGGAUCUCAAGAAACACGUGAAGACCCAUGCCGAUGACUCGGUGCUUGUGCGGUCGCCCGAGCCGGGAGCCAGAAAUCCGGAUAUGAUGUUUCAUGGAGCUGGAAAAGGCUAUGCUGCUGCCGCCCAUUAUUUCGAGCCAUCUUUGAAUGCAGUGCCCAGCCAAGGAUACGCCCACGGUGCUCCACAAUACUAUUCGUCUCAUCCCCCACACCAGCCGUCCAAUCCUUCUUACGGAAACGUAUACUAUGCUCUCAACCACGGUCACGACGGCCAUGCUUCGUAUGAAUCCAAGAAGAGGGGCUACGACGCUCUGAACGAGUUCUUUGGCGAUUUGAAACGCCGUCAGUUCGAUCUUCACUCUUACGCAGCGGUUGGCCAGCGCCUUCUUGGUCUUCAGAAUCUGUCUCUCCCUAUCCUGACCGGUGGCCCUAUGCCUGAAUACCAGCCCAUGCCAGCGCCGGUGGCCGUGGGUGGUGGCUACGGCCCUGGUGGACACGGUGCUCCUGUCUACCAUCUCCCCCCAAUGAGCAACAUCCGCACGAAGAACGACCUGAUCAACAUCGAUCAAUUCUUGCAGCAGAUGCAGGAUACCAUCUACGAGAAUGACGAUCAUGUUGCUGCUGCUGGUGUUGCACAGCCUGGAGCCCAUUACGUUCAUGGCGGCAUGAGCUACCGCACUACACACUCUCCCCCCACGCAGCUUCCUCCAAGCCACACUUUGGCCACCACCUCUGCUAGCUCUUCCAUGAGCAACCCUGCCACGCACUCGCCUCCCACUGGCACGCCUGCUUUAACCCCUCCAUCCAGCGCCCAGUCGUACACCUCUGGUCGUUCUCCAAUCUCCAUUUCCUCCGCUCAUCGUGUUUCGCCGCCUCACCAUGAUGGUGGCUCGAGCAUGUACCCCAGACUUCCAUCAGCCACGAUGGCCGACAGUCUGGCGGGUGGCUACCCCACUGCAUCGAGUGCUGCUCCUCCUUCUACCCUCAGCGGCAUCUUUGAUGAUGAUCGUCGCCGGUACACUGGAGGCACUUUGCAACGUGCUCGUCCCGAAGAGCGUCGUCUGUCCAUCCAGAUGGACACCUCUCACGACGGCAAGGAGGACGGCGAACGCACGCCUACCGGCAAAGCCCGUUCGUCGGGUUCCGAUUCCCCAGUGCGCAUUUCGGCUAACCUUAUUGAUCCUGCACUGCACUCGAGCAGCCCGUCUGAGGCCGAGGCGGCUCUGCGCACCGCUCAGGCAGCUACGGAGGUGGCCGAGCGUGCCGACUCGCAGUGGGUGGAGAAGGUUCGCCUCCUGGAGUAUCUGCGUAGCUACAUUGCAUCCCGUCUGGAAAGGGGUGAGUAUGACUCCGACUCCGAUGGCCAUGCUUCGGCCGCCGCUUCUCCGGAUACCAAGCACGAUGGACACAUGGACGGUGUGGAAACGAGUCAUACACCCAUCACUACUGAAGCGCCUUCUGCGCCUCCCGCAGCCAAGGCUGAGUCUAACCACGGUGUGAUGUAUCCCACACUUCAUGGAUUGGAUGGCGAUGAAGAUACCAAGAUGCACCAUUAA